GACGUCCACUCGACCAAAUCAAAUCACAAAGCCGACGCUGCCAUAGAAUUCGCCCGCCAGGCCGAGCGUCUUGCUCAAUAUACUACCGACCAGGAACGGAAGCGCAAUUCUGACUCAACCCAGGCUGUCGAGGCCAAAUUUGUGACAGCCCAGGAUCCUGUCAUUGUGACUGCCAAUGGCAGUCGCCUACCUGCAGUGCCUAUAGACGAGGCACUGAAACUCAAUCGCCUCAAAGACCAACUCGACGACCGCCAGUCAGAUGGCCGCAUCCCCGUCAAAUAUACUUCGCGCAAGGCCAGAGAUGGCACAAUGCACGGUAUUCUCGAGAAAGACGGCGCAGGCCCGAGCAACGACCCGGACGCUCCUCUGAGAGAGGCUGCCGCUCCCUCGCGCACGAAUCCAAUGUUCCCGCCUCUUCCUACCUAUGGCCCGCCGAGUAUUCUCAGGACACUGCACUGCUGCUUCUUCCGAACAACAAGUUCCAUCUUAUCUUUUCUAUUCCUUUUGAUCAUUGUGCUUGGUGCCGCUUUCACCAGCAUCCCACUUGCUUUCGAACACGUCCGACUACGACUUAUGCUCAAGAAUCCAGAUAAGAGGAGGCCAUUUUUCGAGGAAGAACAACGGCGCAAGAAGGCUCGUGCAGAAGCAAAUCGUGAUUGGGCAAAAGACAAGCCUCCUACAACUCCCGCUGAAGUAGAAACAUCGCCUCCGCAAGACGGCGAAUUUAUCCCUACAGAGGGCGGUCCGGAUCCUCUGGUUUGCGAUCCUGCAUAUUAUGCACGGCGUGUAGGACUGGAUGUCGAGAUCUUUGAUGUUGAGACUGAAGAUGGCUUCAUUAUUGAACUAUGGCACGUUUAUAAUCCUCGGGAGUAUCGUCCAGUAUCGCCAUCUGCCCAUAGACCUCGAGGACCCGACAUUUUCGAAACAACAACUUCGGACCCGGAGUUUGGCGAGGCCGAACGUGCUUUCCCAUCAGGUAACAAAAAAUAUCCCGUUUUGAUGAUUCACGGUCUUUUGCAGUCGGCUGGUGCAUAUUGUUGCACUGACGAUGACAGUCUCGCAUUUUACCUCGCUAAGAGCGGUUACGAUGUUUGGCUUGGGAACAACAGAUGUGGCUUCAAGCCUCGACACACCUUACUCGAUUACUCUGAUCCGCGCAUGUGGUCUUGGAACAUUCGUCAGAUGGGCGUUCUGGAUCUCCCUGCUCUUAUUUCGCGCGUACUGUCUGAGACGGGCUUCGAGAAGCUAGGCUUGGUCUGCCACAGCCAAGGAACCACGCAGACUCUAGUGGCUCUCGCAAAAGAGCAACGUCCGGAUAUUGGCGAAAAGAUCUCGGUCUUCUGCGCAUUAGCACCAGCCGCUUAUGCUGGACCCCUGAUUGGCAAGGCAUACUUCAAGUUCAUGCGCAUGAUCAACCCCAACUUCUUCCGCUGUAUAUUUGGUAUUCAUGCUUUCAUUCCGUUCAUGAUGCGUAUGCACACGAUACUUCCAGCCAAGCUGUAUGGCGCAAUGGGUUACCGUGUGUUUAGCUUUCUUUUCAAUUGGACCGACACUAGAUGGGAGAUGGAUCUGCGCAAUCGAUUGUUCCAAUUUGCGCCCGUCUAUGUCAGCGCCGAGAGUAUGCGCUGGUGGCUCGGAAGAGAGUGCUUUGCGAAGCGGAAGUGUAUCCUUGCUACAAGGGAAGAGGGUCGUAUGGAAGAUGAAGAAGACGAGGAGGAGGAUGAAGUCAUCCGUCGUUAUUACGAGGGCGAACAUACCGACACAGAGAAGUCUCCCGACCGAGACAAGAGUGAAGAGCGAGGCAAGUAUGCCUGGUUCAAUGAACAAUUCCCUCCAUUGGCCAUGUGGGUAGCUGGCAACGAUGAUCUGGUUGACGGACGGCGCCUCCUUAGACGCUUCGAUCGUGGCCGCGAACCGCAUGUCAACGUCGUGCACAAGAAGAUCAUCGAGGGAUAUGAGCACCUCGAUGUCAUCUGGGCCAUGGAUAUGAUCGAAAAGGUCGGCAAAGAAGUCAAAGACAUCAUCUGGGCCACAGCAUCGGAGACAGCCCGCGUGCAGUGCCGAACACCAGUUGGGUGCGAAGACAAGCCCCAACUCCAAGAGAAAGCGGAUAGU